UUUGCUUUGCUUUGCUCUACUUUUCUUUAAAACUCCAAUCAGUUUCCUUCACAGACACGCUAUCAGAGAGAAAUGGGAAUCUGGGAUUUCAUCAAGUCAAGCACAGAAGCAGUGAAGCGAAAUGUACUGGAUUUUACUCCGGUUCGGGUGAAGAACGCCUUCCGAACGUCUUACAAUUACGGAUCCGCCGCCUGCACCAAGAUCGAUAAUGUCGUCGUAGGAAACAACCUCCAAAAGCUCAACCAGUGGUGUCUGGACGAUGUGGCCAAAUCUAAGAUCGGUAUCUUUGCUACAAGAUGUGCUAAAAUUUUUGCCCUCAAUGCACUCUACGGGAGUUACAGAUAUUAUCCCGUUGUGGACGCCAUGGAAAUGGUAUGGAUAUCAGUUUGCUGUCCAAUUAAAUAUGAGCAGUCAGUUGAAGGUGUAUGGAAAUGGAAAUAUACGGAAAAUGGCAAAGGAGAAACAACGCCUAUUCUUGUUUUGGAAACAAUUUCUUAUGCGGAAUUGUAUGAUAAAGUCAAAGAGGUGUUGGAAAUCGAUACAAAUCUAUACAAAAUGGAGAUGUCAGCUCUUGUCCCUAUAAUGCGUGAGGCUCCAGCAGCACCGAUCAUCAUUGAUCGUGACAACAAUGUGAAGUGGUUUGUAUCUGUAUGUAUGGAAACUUUUCUUUGCGUAACCAUUUCAAAAGAAAUUGAAAAUCAUGAAGAAUUUGGUGAUGAUGAUGUUUAUUGCUAAUUGAGGGUGAAAAACAAUUUGGACAUAUGAAAAGUGAGGAGAAUAUGUUCAAAUGGACGACGAUGUAACCAUGCCAAUGUUCAUUCCAUUUCCACUGGCCAAGCAGCGGUUGUGAAACUUGAGGUUGUAAUAUUGUUGUGACUUGUAACUUUAUUGUUUUUGACUAUAUAAAACGACCCUAUGAUUAUUGUGUUGCUUUUUCAUGAUGUUAUUGCUUUUGUAUUAUUGGAACCACGUUAAAGUCAUUUUACAUA